CAACACUAAAAAAUGUCAUUAAUUCCAAAUACUAUUUGCUUAUUUGAUGUCGAUGGUACCUUAACUAAACCAAGAAAUUCUAUUACACCAGAAUUUAAACAAUUUCUUUCAAAUUUAAGAACCAAAGUCGAAUUAGGUGUUGUUGGUGGUUCAGAUCUCAUUAAAAUCAAAGAACAACUUGGUGAAGGUUGUGUUAAUGACUUCCAUUAUGUUUUUGCUGAAAAUGGUUUAUUAGCUUUUAAAGAUGGCUCAUUACUUGCUACCCAAAGCAUCAAAAAAUUCUUAGGUGAAGAUAAAAUUAAACAAUUUGUUAAUUUUGUUUUACAUUAUAUUGCCGAUCUUGAUAUUCCAAUUAAAAGAGGUACUUUUGUCGAAUUUAGAAAUGGUAUGAUUAAUAUUUCACCAAUUGGUAGAAAUUGUUCACAAGAAGAACGUGAUGAUUUCGAAAAAUUCGAUUUAAAAAAUAAAAUCAGAGAAACUAUGGUAUCAGUAUUAAAAGAAAAAUUCGCAGAUUUUGGAUUACAAUAUUCAAUUGGUGGUCAAAUUAGUUUUGAUGUUUUCCCAGUUGGUUGGGAUAAAACCUAUUGUCUUGGCCAUUUACCAGAAGAAAAAUACAAAACUAUUUAUUUCUUUGGUGAUAAAACUUUCAAAGGUGGAAACGAUUACGAAAUUGCCAACGAUAAAAGAAUUACAAAAUCAUUCACUGUUACUUCACCAGUUGACACUCAAAACUUUUUAAAUGAAUUAUUUUAUAAAAACUAAAUAAUAAAACCAAUAAUAUUAUUAAAAAACUAAAAAUAAAAAAAUAAAAAUUAUCUUUUUAG